CAUUUUUAUGUGACUUCCUUGUUCAAAAUCGAUCACAUUAACAUUAUUGAACUCUGGUGUCGAGCGCUGGUCGGAGGUCGAAGCAUUUAUUUGGUACUAUAAUUUUCAGUUCACCAAAUAGCGACUUGGGUGAGACAAAGACGUAAGAAACAGACCGGUUCUUUUCACCAGGCACCAGAAAGUCAUGAUGUGGAGUGUCGUGUUGCUGUGCCUGCUGGCGGGCGCGCGCGCCUCGCCGCUACAACUGCUGAACGAAGAGUGGACCGCCUUUAAGCUGCAGCACGACGCGCGAUACGGUAGCGUGGCGGAGGAGGCCCGCGCGCGCGAGGCCUUCGAGAACAAUCGGCUCGCCGUGGCGCGCCACAACCAGCGGUACGCGCUGGGCCUCGAGUCCUACCGCACGGGCCUCAACAAGUACUCCGACCUCGCGCCCGCGGACUUCGCGAGCCGCAUGAACGGGUUCCAGCCGCACGCGCGGCGCCAGCGGCCCGCCCGCCCCUUGAGGCGCGGCGCGGCGCCGGCGGCGGGCGACCUGCCGGGACACAAGGACUGGGCGGCGGAGGGCUACGUCACGAGCGUCAAGGACCAGACGAGCGACUGCGCGUCCUGCUGGGCCUUCGCCGCUGCGGGCGCGUUGGAAGGCCAGGUGCGUCGGAAAGGCUAUAAAAUCGAGCCUCUGUCGGCGCAGAAUCUGGUCGACUGCUCGACCAAGUUCGGCAACGAAGGCUGCAAGUGCGGCGACACGAACCGCGCGUUCAUGUACGUGUACGUAAACGCGGGCCUCGACAGCGAAGAUACCUACCCCUACGAGGCCAGAGAUGGCCCCUGCAGAUACGACAUAAAUGGCACUUACGGCUGGGACGACGGAUUCAUUGACGUCAACGCCGACAACGAGACGGCGCUGCAGAUAACGGUCGCGGAGGUGGGGCCCGUGGCCGCCGCCAUCGACGCCAACGGCAACUUCAAGGACUACAAGAGCGGCGUGUACUACAACGCGACGUGCACUACUACCGUCACACACUCGGUGCUGGUGGUGGGCUACGGCACGGACGAGCGCGAAGGCGACUACUGGCUCAUCAAGAACUCGUGGGGGACGACGUGGGGCGAGGCGGGCUACGGCAAGAUGGCGCGCAACAGAGACAACAACUGCGGCAUCGCCAGCUUCGCGUCCUACCCCUACCUCUACGAUCGAAUGAUGACUAGGCAUCAAACGAUGAUAAAUAAUAAUUAAAACAGAGCAAUGACUUACUGAUUGCUUAUAAUUAUUAUUUACCUACAUUUGAUGACUGGCGUGUGCCGCGCAGAUACCAAAAAUACAUACACAUACCUAAUGAGACCAUCGUUUUACAUUUUCUUUAUAUAAUAAAAACUGUCGUAAUAUAUCCAUUCGGA